AUGUAUUGGUAUAGCAUACCGUAUAAUACUAUACGGUUAACCAUUUAUAUACUAACCGCAUCUGUUCCGUUUUUGCAGGCCUAUGGCACGAAGAAAGCCUAUGUUCGGUUGACUCCAGAUUAUGAUGCAUUGACUCGGAUGGCUGCUAUGUUUCUACUCAAAAAGAAGCAGCUUACACGUUCAGCAAUGAAAGAAAAGGGCGAGUCCUGUGAAGUGACAAUGACCAUGAUAGAACAACAAGGUGCUGCAGUUAUGAUGAUUAUGAUGCAUUGA